AUGAUUGCCGGUUGCAAAGGCGCUGUGAAAGUCGGCUCGACAAUAAGAAAUUUAAAGGCAAGUGAUAGUGUUACAGCGGCGAGUUUCUUUCAGGCGACAGAUUCGACACACAACCGAAAGGGCAAGUUCCUGUUCGACGAAUUAUUUGGUCUUGACAUAUCCGUCGGUGGGGAUAGCGACGAUGAAGUGUCGCGGAAUUGUACGUGCGAAUGCGGUUUGUCCAAUCAAGAGAAUCGAAUCGUCGGUGGAAGACCCACAACCCCAAACAAAUAUCCGUGGGUAGCUCGGCUGGUGUACGAGGGUCGCUUUCAUUGCGGGGCCAGUCUCGUUAACAAUGAUUACGUUAUUACAGCGGCUCACUGUGUACGUAGGUUGAAACGUUCGAAAAUUCGCGUGGUUCUCGGAGAUUACGAUCAGUAUGUGAACACGGAUGGGCGUGCAAUAAUGAGGGCGGUGAGCGCGGUGAUUCGUCACAGGAACUUUGACAUGAAUUCCUACAAUCACGACGUCGCGCUGCUGAAGCUUCGGAAAUCGGUGAAAUUCACGAAAAGUAUUAGACCGGUCUGUUUACCCCAAAAAGGCGCCGAUCCCGCCGGAAAAGAAGGAACCGUGGUAGGUUGGGGUCGGACAUCGGAAGGGGGGAUGUUGGCAGGAAUAGUUCAGGAAGUGCAAGUACCGAUAUUAAGUUUAAUGCAAUGCCGUAAGAUGAAAUAUCGAGCCAAUCGAAUUACAGAUAACAUGAUUUGCGCCGGCCGCGGUAGUCAGGACUCUUGUCAAGGUGACAGCGGCGGUCCUCUUCUUGUGCAGGAGGGUGACAGACUUGAAAUUGUUGGAAUAGUUUCCUGGGGCGUUGGAUGUGGGAGAGCUGGAUAUCCGGGAGUGUAUACUAGAGUGACCAGAUAUCUGAAUUGGCUGAACGCGAACAUGAAAGAAGGAUGCAUUUGUGCAAGCUGA